AUGUCUCCAAGGCUGGGAGUGUCUGUUAACCUCUCAGAGAGAAGCUGUGAAGCUCUGUCCUCAGUUCUCAGCUCCCAGUCCUCUAGUCUGAGAGAGCUGGACCUGAGUGACAACAACCUGCAGGAUUCAGGAGUGAAGCUGCUGUCUGUUGGACUGAAGAGUCCACACUGUAGAUUGGAAACUCUCAGGCUGUCAGGCUGCCAGGUCACAGAGAAAGGUUGUGCUGCUCUGGCCUCAGCUUUGAGGUACUCUUCCCAUCUGAGAGAGCUGGACCUGAACUACAAUCAUCUAGGACACUCUGGAAACAAGAUGCUGUCUGCUGGACUGGAGGAUUCAAACGUGAGACUGGACACUCUUAGUAUGGACUACGAUGGAGCGCAGAGACUGAAACCUGGCUUGAAGAAGUAUGCCUGUGAACUCUCACUGAACCCAAACACAGCAAGCAGAUUCCUCAAACUGUCUGACAACAACAGGAAGGUCACAUGGCUGAGAAAGGAACAAGCAUAUCUUGAUAACACCGAGAGAUUUGACUAUUGGAAGCAGCUGCUGUGCAAGAACAGUCUGACCGGUCGCUGUUACUGGGAAGUUGCCUGGAAAGGACGCGUUCAUAUAGCCGUGACUUACAGAGGAAUCACAAGAAAAGGAGAAGGAUUCAACAGCAAGUUUGGAGCGAACGAUCAGUCCUGGUGUCUGUUCUGCUCCGAUAAACGUUACUCCGUCUGGCACAAUAACAAAGCAACAAACAUCCCUUUCCCGUCCUCCUCUGCCUCUAACAAAGUAGCGGUGUACGUAGACCAACCUGCCGGCACUCUGUCCUUCCAUGACGUCUCCUUUGACACACCGAUCCAUCUCCACACAUUCAACACCACAUUCACCGAGCUCCUCUAUCCCGCGUUUGGAAUCCUGAAGUGUAGCUCCUCAGUGUCUCUGUGUUAACUGUCUGAGGCACAGAUUGAGUAUCACUGUUGAUAUUUAGACCCACUACAAAAAAUUAAAUUAAAAUCACUAGGAAGAAUAGCACAAAAAAGACAAGAAAGUUAGCGAUAUAUAUUUACAAGAUUCUGGUUAAAAUGUAGACUAAUAAGAAACCAAAGUGUGGACAUUUUAUUGACGUUGGCGUGCUGUCCGCCAAAAGGUUCUGGGACCUACAAUUAAACCUCUAAUAAUAGCCCCGGCAUUUCAUUUCUUAAACCACUGAACUCAUGUUGCCUCUAUUGGAGACAAAACUGUUGCUCAGCACGGAUGGGUUUUUCUUCGUGCCACCGCCACAACACUUGAACGCAAACACCAAUUUGCGGCACCUAGCGUACAGGACAGUGAGCAGUGAAAGAAUGAAUUAUACUUGGGUGCUCAUAGUUUACGUAAAAUGAACCAAGCGACUGAAAUGUGGAGAAUCUAACCGAUCAAAUGAUGUGUACCAUGUCCAUAUAUAACAAAGGUUUAAACAGGUUUUUACACACCCAGAUAAGUUCAAUAAAAUCCUGACCGGGCCUCUAAUUGGGAGCUUUUAUUAGAAGUGUUUUCUCGAGUUUCUGUCCUUUAAUGUUACAUUGUCGGAUACUAAGGUUAGCACGUGUAAAAGUAAGUAAACGAGCAAAAAGCUCAGAAAAUUAAGAUUGUUCUGAGGGCAACAUUUCUAAAAAAAAUUGUGACCAACUAGUCAUGGAUUUCUUUAUAUAUCAAUACAAAUGUUUAGUUUUAUCCCUAAACUCUAUCCAGACCUGGACUGUAAGAAAAUAUGGUGUCCACCUUCUAAAUAUUUUAUUUUACAUGAGGUCAAGGAACUGACUUUUAAAACAAUUCAUCACUUUUAUCCCUAUAAAAGUUAUAUUUACAAAGAUAGCUAAAAAAAACACAUUUCUCAUUUUGCCAACUGGUUCCACAAGAUUUAAGUCAUUUAUUUUGAUCUUGUCCCCAUUUUUGUUGCUUUUGGAAAGAUAUUUGUGCUUUUAUUUCCCACUAUAUUGUUUCUGA